AAAACUAUUACCAGUUGCGCAUGCGCCAGAAGGUGCACGCCUGCACGCGUUACUUUGGCGGUCCAUCCACUCCCGUCCUAUCUGUCUGCAACCCAACAACCCCAGGAGUCCUGACCGUCCAGGAGGAGCAGCGCUUUCCCGGGAGUCCAGAGUCGAGCGUCAACUCAACAAACUUUAGAAGGAGUCGAGAGCUGAAGGAGCCGCGCGCAGCAGCCAUGGCUGUGGUGAGGUUUUACAGCAGCCAAGCUCCGGAUGGACGGGCCUUGCAGCGAGCAGCAAAACUCUUCCCUCAUCUGUCCCUCGUAACGGAGCUGUGCUACAACGUGGAGCUGACAGGUGGUGAGAGUCUGAGUGCUGAGGAGAAGGAGGUUCUCCUCUGGCUGUUCCGUCCUCCCCUGCAGGCUGAACCGCUGUCGGAGAAACCGAACCUCACUGAGAGCAGCGAGGACACGCUGGUGGAGAUUGGACCCAGGUUGAACUUCUCCACCGCCUGGUCCACCAACGCCGUGUCCAUCUGCCGCAGCGCUGGCCUCGCUAACGUCACCCGAGUGGAGGUGUCUCGCAGGUUUCUCAUCAAGCCUAAGAAUGGAAAAGGAGCCGGAGAGCUCAGCGGCGACAUCAAGAAACUGAUCGAGUGUCUGCAUGACAGCAUGACGGAGUGCGUCUACCAUCGGCCCAUCACCUCUUUUUCUGUGGAGACCAAACGACAGCCCGUGUUUGAGGUGGACAUCCUGGGGAAAGGUCGUGCAGCCUUGGAGAAGGCCAAUGAUGACUUGGGUCUGGCCUUUGACUCCUGGGAUCUGGACUACUACACCUCAAUGUUCCAGCGGAUUCAGCGGAACCCCACCAGCGUGGAGUGUUUUGACCUGGCGCAGUCCAACAGCGAGCACAGCCGGCACUGGUUCUUCCGCGGGCGCAUGCUGAUCGACGGGCAGGAGCAGAAGGAGACUCUAUUCAGCCUCAUAAUGGACACCCAGCGGCACAGCAACCCCAACAACGUCAUCAAGUUCUGUGACAACAGCAGUGGUAUUAAAGGUGUGGAGAUCGAGUGUGUUUAUCCCAAAGAUCCUUCCAGAGCGAGCCCGUAUGAGACCCGACUCUCAUUAAGACACGUCAUUUUCACAGCAGAGACGCACAACUUCCCAACUGGCGUGGCUCCGUUUAGCGGGGCCACCACUGGAACCGGCGGCCGCAUCCGAGACGUUCAGAGCGCCGGGCGAGGAGGACACGUCAUCGCUGGAACUGCAGGAUAUUGCUUUGGAAAUCUGCACAUACCAGGGUACGAACUCCCCUGGGAGUCUGCAGGAGAGGAGUGGGAGUAUCCCUCCAGCUUUGCCCCUCCCCUGCAGGUGGCCAUCGAGGCCAGCGAUGGCGCCUCAGACUACGGCAACAAGUUUGGAGAGCCUGUCCUAGCAGGUUUUGCCCGCUCUUUCGGCAUGCGUUUGCCUAACGGGGAGCGGCGUGAGUGGAUAAAGCCAAUCAUGUUCAGCGGCGGCCUCGGCUCUAUUGCAGACUCGCACGUGAAGAAAGAAGAGGCUGAUGCCGCUCACUCUGCUUCCUCGCCGUCAGGAAUGGAGGUGGUGAAGAUCGGAGGGCCGGUGUACCGGAUCGGUGUGGGUGGAGGAGCGGCCUCCUCUGUUCAAGUCCAAGGGGACAACUGCAGCGAGCGGGACCUGGGGGCAGUUCAGAGAGGAGAUGCAGAGAUGGAGCAGAAGAUGAACCGAGCUCUCAGGGCAUGCUUGGAAAGAAGUGAUGGAAAUCCGAUCUGCAGCAUCCAUGAUCAGGGGGCAGGGGGAAAUGGUAAUGUUCUGAAGGAGCUCAGCGAGCCAGCCGGUGCCGUAAUCCAUUGCAGUAGAUUUAAGAAAGGUGACCCCACACUGAGCGUGCUGGAGCUGUGGGGGGCGGAGUAUCAGGAGAGCAACGCUCUGCUGCUGCGCCCGUCAGACAGGUCCUUCCUGGAGAGCGUGUGUCAGAGGGAGAAGUGUCCUGUUGACUUCGUGGGAAACAUCACUGGCGACGGAAAAAUCGUGUUGGUGGAUGAUGAGACUGGCAGCAAUGAUCAGGUGGACUGCGUUCGCCAUCCCGUCGACCUGCAGCUGGAGUGGGUUCUGGGGAAGAUGCCGCAGAAGGAGUUCAGGUUGGACCGAGUGACCCUCACCCAUCAGCCUCUGAGGCUUCCUGCCGGCCUCUCUGUCCGAGACGCUCUCCAGAGGGUUUUGCGUUUGCCUGCCGUGGCCUCCAAACGCUACCUGACCAACAAGGUGGACCGGUCUGUGACGGGGUUGGUUGCCCAGCAACAGUGCGUCGGUCCUCUUCACACCCCAUUGGCCGACGUGGCCGUUGUUGCUCUGUCACCGUUCAGUCUGGAGGGAGCAGCAACAGCCAUCGGGGAGCAGCCAAUUAAAGGACUGGUGUGUCCUGCAGCGGGGGCUCGCAUGGCCGUCGGAGAGGCUCUGACCAAUCUGAUGUUCGCCAGAGUCACGGCGCUGAAGGAUGUGAAGUGCAGCGGGAACUGGAUGUGGGCGGCCAAACUCCCCGGUGAGGGGGCGUAUCUGUGGGAGGCUUGCAAAGCCAUGUGUGAGGUGAUGAGUGAGCUGGGGGUCGCCAUCGACGGGGGCAAGGACUCUCUGAGCAUGGCGGCGAGAGUCGGAAAGGAGACGGUCAAGGCUCCAGGCGCCCUGGUGAUCUCGGCAUACGCCGUAUGUCCUGACAUCACUGCCACCGUCACGCCUGAUCUUGAGGAUCCUGAUGGAAAAGGUGUGUUGUUGUGGGUCCCUCUCAGUCCAGGUAACCAUCGCCUGGGAGGCUCCGCCCUCGCUCAGUGCUACAGCCAGCUAGCAGACUGCUCCCCUGACCUGGACCGUGCUGGACUGUUGGCCGCCUGCUUCAGUAUAACCCAGACGCUCCUGCAGGAUCGUCUGCUAAGUGCGGGACAUGACAUAAGCGAUGGCGGUCUAAUUUCCUGCUUGCUAGAGAUGGCAUUUGCUGGAAACCAUGGAAUCGAUGUUGAGCUGUCCUCACAAGGAAGUGAAGUCAUGGAGCUGCUGUUUAGCGAGGAACUUGGCGUGGUCCUGGAGGUUUCAGAGUCGGAUGUUGAGGCUGUUUGUCAGAGAUACAGCGACGCAGGCGUCCAGUGUCAUAGUAUUGGAAGGACCUGCGGCUUUGGACCAAACGCUAAGGUCAGAGUCUGUGUGGAUGGACAGGAGGUCCUUAUGGAGUCCCUGCCUGAACUCAGAGCAGCAUGGGAGGACACAAGCUUCCAGCUGGAGCGCCUCCAAGCCAAUGAGCUGUGUGUUAAACAGGAGGAGGAGGGGCUUGCCAAGAGGACGCAGCCGUACUUUAAAUUGAGCUUUGACCCAUCUGAAACUCCCAGCAUUUGCCAGCUUGCUGGAGGGCCUCCACGUGUAGCUGUGAUCAGGGAGGAGGGCAGCAAUGGAGAUCGAGAGAUGUCCGUCUCUCUAUAUAUGGCCGGCUUUGAGGUUUGGGAUGUCACCAUGCAGGAUUUGUGCUGUGGUUCCUUAACGCUUAAUCUUUUCAAAGCCGUCGUGUUUGUCGGCGGAUUCAGCUACGCAGAUGUUCUGGGAUCUGCUAAAGGUUGGGCUGCAACUGUUACCUACAACCCCAAAGCUAAAGCUGAGUUUGAUCGCUUUCAACGAAGAGAAGACACUCUGAGUCUGGGCGUGUGUAACGGCUGUCAGCUGCUCGCCCUUUUGGGCUGGGUGGGGGAGGCAGAGGAUGGAGCAGGCUCUGAGGUGGUGCUGACCCAUAAUCGUUCAGGCAGGUUUGAGUCGCGGUUUGUGAGUGUCGGGAUUCAGGAGUCCCCGUCCAUUUGGCUCAGAGGCAUGGAGGGCUCCGCUCUGGGAGUCUGGGUUGCUCAUGGAGAAGGUCUAAUGCAAUUCCGGAGUACCAAGGCGCAAGACCUUAUCAUUUCCGGUGGACUCGCCCCUCUCCGCUACCUUGAUGACCACGGUCUGCCCACCGAGGAGUAUCCCUUGAACCCCAACGGCUCCCCGCAGGGUGUGGCGGGGCUCUGCUCCAGGAAUGGGAGGCACCUGGCAAUGAUGCCUCACCCCGAGCGCUGCACCCUGAGCUGGCAGUGGCCCUGGGCCCCGAGGGAGCUCCGCCCUUCUUUGGCACCGUCGCCCUGGCUGUGCAUGUUCAAAAAUGCAGCUGCAUGGUGCAGCAACUCAGAUGGAUAAUGCUGUAUUUACAUGAUCAAAAUGCUGUGAAAGUGUAAUGAAAUCGUCAGUAUUAAUCAAUACACUUUUUAAAGUUG